AUGACACAUCAUAUACACGACACCUGGACCCCUCAGUCCUGGUCCAGAAAGCCAGUGGUCGCUCAGGAUGUAGAGUACGAUGACCCAAAAGCUUUAGAAUCGGUCAUUAACACCCUAUCCACCCUACCUGCGCUUGUCAACCCGAUGAAGAUCGAAAUUGCCCGCAAGAGCUUUGCAGCCGCAGCACGAGGCAAGGCAUUUAUAAUCCAAGGGGGUGACUGUGCAGAAAGCUUCGACGACGUACACCCGCAUGCUAUCCAACAGAAGGUCAAACUCCUGCAGGAGCAGUCUCAUCUUCUUGGACAAGGACUUAAUCUGCCCAUCAUAACAGUGGGACGAAUUGCUGGCCAGUACGCAAAGCCCCGGUCGUCUCCGUUGGAGACUUUGGAAGACGGUACUUUAACUCACACUUUUCGCGGGCACAAUAUCAACGGCCCUGGUGUGGAAGAGAGACGCCCUGACCCGUAUCGUCUGCUUCUGGGAGACUUUUAUUCAAGGACGACCUUGGAAAUGAUCAGACAUACUCAAUCUACGCCCUCUACCACGGGUAAAACUUUCGUCCCGGCGCCGAGCUCCUUCCCCUUGACCCCUGAAGAGACAGACGUUACCCCGUUAGAGACACCAACUGGGACUAUCUUCACGUCGCAUGAAGCGCUUCACCUUCCAUACGAAAGUGCUAUGACCCGCGAUCGUUACAACACCUCGGCCAGUUUUAUCUGGAUCGGUGAACGCACACGGCAAUUGGACGGGGGUCAUGUCGAAUACAUCCGUGGCCUGCGUAAUCCUAUUGGGGUCAAGAUUGGGCCAAACACUGGCAGUUCAACACUGAUCGCGCUACUCAAUACCAUCUGUCCUGAGCCGCACCUGUUAGAGAACAUUGGUCGAGUGACGAUCAUCACGCGGCUUGGUGCAGAUAAGGUCACUACUGUUCUUCCCCCUCUCAUCAAAGCCGUUCAGGAAGCCGGCCACACGCCCGUCUGGAUGUGUGAUCCUUGCCACGGGAAUACACAGACUUCGGAGGCAGGUCUGAAGACACGCCAUGUAGGAUGCAUGCUACUAGAAGCUAUCGGGACAUACCAAGCACAUCGAGAGAACCACUCUUUGCUGGGAGGGUUGCACCUCGAACAGACGGGAGAUUUCGUAACUGAGUGCCAAGACGACGAUACUUUAGACACAGAGAGCAAUUUGAGCAGUAAUUACCACACAUUAUGCGACCCACGCCUAUCCCAUGUCCAAGCGUUGAGUCUAGUUCGGCAGUUUGUGGAUUUUGUGCGCAGCUGGGAAAGGAAAGAAAAGCUUGGAUAUUAA